AUGGCCUCAUCCCUUGACGGAGGGUACCAGGGCGUGUACAUCUUUUUCCUCGUGGUUUCCCUCGUGCUCAUGCUCUCUGCAGCGAGUUUGCCCACUUGGUUCAACUCUGACACCUCAAACGGAUCCUGCGGACCAAUCACAUCGCCAUAUGUGUGGGAGUACGAGGUUGAAUACUGGAAGUACAGCGCCGUUGCAUUAUGCAUCUCUGUCGUUCUCAUUCUGGCUUCCACCUUGGGAGCGAUAUCACCGUGCUGUUGCUGUACAUUCUACCUCAACGCCCUCAUCUACGCGCUCACUGGAGCCGUGCUGUUCGCCAUCUUGGGGAUUGUGUUGUUCAGCGCCGGGUUCCCGGACACGUCCCUUCAGGACGACAGCAACGACGAGCCCGUCAACCCCGAGGUGUUCAUGCGCGCGUGCGCUGCUGUAACCACUACCAUCUGUGCGGUGAUGGAGUGGCUGCUGCGGGAUGCGAGAUCGCGUCGCAUCCACCCGCUCGAUGACGAAGACAGGAUGUUCUACGAGUAAAUACCCGCAUACAUGUACUGCGCGUCAAAGCCAUGUGUAGCUUGUGAGCGCGUGCGAGGCCGGCUUCCGCUCCCUUCUUGUUGACUUGUUUCCUCUUGAACGAUUCCUCUGGCUGAUACCAUAAUUGAACCCAUUGUGGAUGCUUAACGAUCCUUCCACUGCUUGUGCGGCACUGGUUACUGGCGCCUCCUUGUGUUCUCUCAUUGUGGCUGCUGUUCGUGCAAAGCACUGUAACGAGAGCGCCUGCUUCUGCCCUGUGCGUUGAUCGCACACCACCAAGAUAAAUAAACAUCAAUCCCUAC